CGCACAGAUCGUAGCAACUCCAUCAGAAGCAAGAAGAAAACAGCGCUCGGAUUGCACAGCACCAUACCGAGGGAAAAAUGUUUUCUCCACCACCCAUCAUCACAGUUACCACCGUUUCUAAAAAUAAUGCGAAGAAAUCAUUAUUCGAGGACACUACUUCUUUCGACAACUAAUAGUGUCUUUUAGUAGACAGUAUUACAUUUUUGACACAGAAUACAAAAAAAAAAAAAAAAAACGACUGGAAAGUAUUCUCUGAAAGGUGCUGAAAAUGGCCUCAACGCUUUUGCAUUUCUUUGCUUUGUGGACUGCUGUGAUUGGUAUUGUGCAGUGCUGCCCUCAGCCAUGCAGCUGCCUGGAUAAAUACGCCCAUCAAUUUGCAGACUGUGCUUACAAAGAACUGCUACUGGUGCCUGUGGGUUUGCCCUCUAACGUGACUACCCUCAGUCUCUCUGCCAACAAGAUCACAUUACUGAAAUCUAAAAGCUUCAUCAACGUCACUCAGGUAACUUCUCUUUGGUUGGCCCACAACGAGAUAGUCACCAUCGAGAGGGACACCUUAGCCCCACUGAUCCAACUGCGCAACCUUGAUCUCAGCUACAACAAAAUUAUCAAUUUCCCAUGGGAGGACCUUUACAACCUCACAGCCCUGCAGCUUCUGAAAAUGAAUAACAAUGAGAUGAUCAACCUGCCCAAGGAUGCCUUUGCUUCUCUCAAAGAUCUGAGAUCACUGCGCAUCAACCACAAUAAGUUCACCACCAUUGUACAAGGUACUUUUGCUUCCCUCACGUCCAUGUCUCAUCUCCAGAUUUACAACAAUCCAUUCACCUGCUCCUGUAGCCUGGAAUGGCUUAGGGAUUGGAUCAAAGAAACCAAAACUUCUGUCCCUGAACAAGACACAAUUUUGUGUGAGGCCCCUGUUGAACUGAAAGGUGCUUUGGUUACAAAGAUGCCCGAACUGGACUGUCAGGCUCCCACCAUCACUAUUACCCACCAACCCAACAUAGAAAACACAGAGCUGUAUGAGGGCGUUAUGUUGAUCUUGAAUUGUGAAACAAGUGGAAGCCCAAAACCAGAAGUCAGCUGGGAAGUGAAAACAGGAAGUGAAAAGUUCAAUUUCCAUGUACCCCCCAUUGUUGAAAGAGGUGAUUUGCCUAUUAAUGAUAAAACCACCAACAAUCGAUUUCUUGUAUUUCAAAAUGGUACCCUGAUCAUCCCUCGUAUGAGUAAAAAAGAAGAUGGAAAUUACACAUGCUCUGCUGUUAAUGAUGUAGGGAUUGCAGAGAGCACUGUCAAAGUGGUGGCGGCAAGCACCCAGAAGCAUGAAAUCAACUCAAUUCUCGACACUACGGCAGACAAAACACGACCCUCUGGAAACAAGCCUGGGCCUAAGACUUCCAACAACAAUGUAAUCAACUGGCCUAAGAAAGAUGAAAAGACCAAAGGCAUUUCAACUGGUUCAUUUGACAAACAUGAUGGCAUUAAGGAGAUUGGCGAGGAUUCAGAUGAUGUGCAUUUUGCCAGCAAAUGUGGUAAAAGUGAUGGCAACCAAUGGCAACACGUCUCCAAUCAUGCCUUUAAUAUGAGCUUGGAUGACCAGAAGCGGUAUACAUUUGACUUUGGUGUCAUUGCAUUGGAAGUGUCAGAAACAGAAGCCAAAGUUCAGCUAAAUCCUCUCCAACUUCCAAAAAGCAAGUCUAACCUUCACCUCAGUCACACAGAAAACCUAGAAACUGUAAACAAAGAGCCUUUCAGUCUCAUUCAAGCAUCAACCAAAAAAGCACCCCUGGACAUGCUGUAUCUUUGUGUAGAUACUGGCAAUGGACACUCAGUAGUUCAGUGGUCCAAGAUAGAGGAAGGAAUCAAUGCCUAUCGUUUCCAGGGAUUACAGCCUGGCACCAACUACACUCUCUGUCUCACCUAUGGGGGGCAGGACUGCCAGGUCCAGGUGGUUUUUACAACAAGAAACAAAAUCCCAUCAUUGUUGAUCAUAGUGGUUGUCAGCACUUUUCUGCUGGCUUUAGCUACUGUUCCAUUGCUCGGGGCCACCUGCUGUCAUUUAUUAUACAAGUACCAAGGCAAGACAUACAAGCUGAUUAUGAAGGCUCAGAAUCCGGAUCAGAUGGAAAAACAAAUGGCUACAGAUUUUGAUCCCAGAGCGUCUUUUGUUGAGUCCGAAAAGACCUUCAACCCUAGUGAGAUGGGUGAGGGAGAAGGAGAGAUCGACGGGGAAGAUGGAGAGGAGGAGGGAGAGGUGGAAGGCAGCCUGAUAACCGAAUCAAUCCCUGGCUCAACAUCCAAAACUAACCAGGAGGAAUUUGAGGUGGGUUCGGAGUAUAGCGAUAGGUUACCCCUGGGGGCCGAGGCAGUUAACAUCUCUGAGGAAAUAAAUGGUAACUAUAAAGAGCCUAGUCGCUGAGUGGAUUGUUGUCGGAGUGGAGCUUGUAAAAUAGUUACUUUCAACUACAUUUAAAGGAGAUAAAUUACCUAUCAUUACUUCACGUAAAUAUGAUAGCCCUGAUAAUGGUGGAUAGCUCAAUUUACCUCAGAAAGAGAUCUGUUAAUCCAAAAAGAGAUUCUUAAAAGACGUUAUGCAUUAGCUACCAUUGGUUGGUUUAGCUAUUUGACCGAAUCAAUUAAAAAGCAACCCUGAAAUGCAAGCACAAUUUUGUACAAAUUGUCAGACCUCAAAUGCAUAAGUUAUUAGAAUGUCCCCUUUAUGCAGGGCGUAGGUUAGCGUAAAUAUUGUGAUCUUCAAGCGUCUGUUUCGGGAAGUUACAGUGCUGGACAGCGCUUCUGAAACGCAUCCAAUCACUGACUGUUCCGUUUCAUUGUUCCGUGUGAUCAGAAGGGAAUUCACUUUUAACUGUUGUCAAGGCAUGUGCUGUUCAUGGGUAAUCCAGGCAACAAGCAACAGAUAUUGUUAAAUGUAAUGUUGGACUUCAAGACGUGUGACUUAAACCUCUAAAUCAAUCGGUGCUUGCUCUACGCCUUUUUCAACAAUACUGAACGUGUCCUCUUUGAGAAACUUGUCCAUGGCAUGUCACACAUAGGCCGAUACGUAUUUUCAUGUGUGGUUUUUAUUAGUGUAGCCUAGAGGACAUUAUAGAUAUUCUUCAUGUCAAUGUGAUGUUAUCCAUGUGAAUAUAAACAAUGUUCUCUUUUUUAUGAAAGUAAAUGACAGUAUGGUAUCAUCAACGGACGCAGGAGACCGUCUGGAAGUUUUUAAGUGUCUUGUAAUUUUAUGCAUAGUGAGUUUUUUCUUUGUGAGUAAAUUGUAAUAUUCCAACCUUUCAAUGCUUUUGAUAUGAUUUUAUGUACUUGUAAUUAAUAAAACACUAAAAUAA